GAUUCUUCCCUUCCAUGUCGGUUUGAGAUUCUGGUCAUGGCGCGUUGGUUGGCGCUAGCCCUCGGAAGCUUGGCAGCAUCGAAGAAUUCCAGAUGCGGCAAGUGAUUCAUCGCAGCCAUCAAGACUAUGGAACUCAAACCCACGCAAGGCGAUUGCAAGAGCAGACAUGUGAGCAAGUCCACGCGGUCUCUUGGCGGAGAUACCAUCUAUUUGGGAUCGGAUAUGAACUGCUUGAUGUGGAGUCUGUUUCUGCCAACAAGAUUGACCUUGUGCAGAACACCUUGAUGGCACGUGCUGUGGCCUAUUGGUCUUUCGCGCUUCAAGUGCGACGGGCCCAAGCACCGUUGAAGAUGGAUCGCUUGGGUGCUGGAUGCUUCAAAUAUGAAUUCGACACAGAGUAUCGCUGCCAAAGCUUGAACACGCCCACCUGUGGCGGGGUUUCGGUGCCAGACAAGUACCUGAAGUUUAGCCGGGCUUGCCAGCAAAGCUGUGUUCCAAGCUUCGCGUGUUCUGGGAACUGUAUCUCAGGCAAUAGCUGUGCAUGUGACGUCGAUCUCUGGCAAAGCAGUGGCAGCUCAGGCUAUUGCUGUUCGUUGUCUCCUGGAAAUGACUGUCCCGAUGGAUGUUCGGUGGAGACUGCUGAGAAGGUGGGCAGCGGCACCACUGGAGGCUUCGUUUGUGAGGCACAGUGCAGUGAGGCGCCGGAAGGCGCAGGGGCAGAGAACGAAGACCUCCAUAUCUUCGUCACCAUUCAAGACUCAACGGAAUGCCAAAACUCCGAUGUGCUCUUGGCAUUUGCCACGUCCUGUGGGGUGGAUCAGUGCGAUCGGCCGAUCUUUGGGACGAUCAACUUUUGCCCUCAGAAGCUGGAGAAUGGAGUCGAUAUGUUGGUCUCGACGGCAGUCCAUGAGUUGGCACAUGUUUUGGUCUUUAGCAACGUGCACUUCCGAAACUUUCGCUACUCCAAUGGCACGCCGAUGAUCCCGCGUGCAGCUGAUGACGACUCCAAUUUUCAAAACGAGAUCACAUACACUUGCAGCAGUACUGGCUACGAGUGGGGUGCUAGCCCUGGCAAUUACAAGUACGUUGAUAUGAGCCCAAACAUUGUGAACGCUUUCUCCGAGCGGGGCUACAGUUGCCAGUGCCCGAUUGGAACCUCCAGCAUUACAGCAGGAUGCUUUUAUCCUUCUCCUCCAUAUCUUCAAGUGCCCAGCUGCGUGGUGCGGAUGACGACGCCCACUGUCCUGGCCGAGGCCCGGAGUUUCUUCGACUGUCCAACACUCGAUGGAGCCGAGUUGGAGAACCAGGAAGGCAAUGGCUGUAGCAUCAUCGGGUCUCAUUGGGAGCAGCGUGUCUUUGCGGGAGAGAUCAUGUCUCCUGUGUCCACCGAGAGAUUGGUAGAAACCUACGUCUCAAGGGUGAGCCUGGCGGUAUUCCAGGAUUCUGGUUGGUACAAGCCCAACAUGUCUGCAGCAGACCCCGUCGUGAAGGGGGUGCAUUGGGGCUAUCAACAAGGCUGCAGCUUCGCAACUGCCAAAUGCGUUGAUAACGAUGUGCCAGUGAACAGCAGACUUUUUUGCACCGACUCCACGUCUAUCACCUGCUCUCUGGAUCGAAAGUCUGUGCAAAACUGCGAAAUUAGCGGCUCUUACACCACUUUGCCCUCAGUCUUGUCCUAUACCACCGGCAACAAUCUUGGAUUGGCGCCAGAAAUGGAUUACUGUCCACAUUUUGCUGUAACUCUCAGCAACCGUGUUUGCACCAGCAGCGGAAGCAGCACAGUGCCCUACACGAACGUGAAUUUCAUGCGAGAAGUCUUCUCCAACAACAGCCGCUGCUUCAUGAGCACCCUGCAUGCGGAUGCGCCUGCGGAUGGUGGAGGCGUUUACACUGCGCCGAAUGAGUUUACAGCCGCAAGGCCUGUGUGCUAUGAAGUUGAAUGUGCCUCGGAUGGCGCAAGCUAUACUUUGAAGGUGACCAAUCUUCUCACUGACCCCAUCAGCGUGAUGUCCAUCGGCACCUGUGUAUCUGCGACCCAAACUCUGACACUUAGAAAGACAAAGAGGUGGGGGCUCUGUGAGCUGCGUGGAGCCUGCGGAGGUGUGCUCAGAUCUCAGCCCACGACAUGUCCGCGGAGAUCCCCGAGGCACAUCAGGAGGAGGUGUCAGCACUUCAGCCGCCUCCACGACCGUGACCACCAGCGUGAAUGGUGCCAGCACUACCAGCACUAGCAGCGUGAGUGGGUCCACCUCCUCAGCACCUGGAGGUGCAAGCACGACAACUGGGAAUGGUGUCUCGGGUACAUCGGCUUCGUCGACCAGCGGCAGUCCUGCUUCCUCCGGUGGCACCACCACUUCCACUGCGACGGGUGGCGCCAGUGGUGCCGGCAGCACCACGAGCGGACCGGUGCUGCUCGGACUUUGCAGAGGUUGGAUCAGCAAACCCUGCGGCCAGUCAUGCUUGCUCACUGACGUUGGGCUGCGUUGCAUUGCUUCUUGGAAGGGUGUGAUGGGUGCCCACGGCUGCGGACGUGUCUAAAUAACAUACAUAAUCGCCUCCAACCUACAAGAGAUGGC